AUGUUCGGUCGGUCCCUUAACGAUGAGGCGGAGGAGGAGACAGAAGACGAGGUGGAGGCGGAGGCGGAGGCGGAGGCAAAGGCGUCGGCCGUCACGGUUGACUCCGUUCUCGCGACAGCGCUGUCGCAUGAACCAUGCGACGCCUUGUUCGUUCCUAGCCGUCUCAUCAAUAAUCAGCGACGAAGCUGGACUCGGAGUGAUCGAACGCACCGCACUUCCACGAACGGUGACAGUGGGGCUCUUCGGUAA